AUGGCAGCAGCCAUAGAGGAGGUGGCUAGAGUAAGGGCGGUAAGGGAGACAAAUUCUGCGAAUCGACCGGGGCAUACGGGCGGCAAUGAAACCAGAACGUCUGGAGAACAAGUCAUAGAGGACAAGGAGCUGGAGGUUAUGAGGAACAGUCGCAGAUCUGUGCAGAUCAUCCCCUUCCUGGCCUCGCUCGUUGCGUCAGCGAGGGCGUUCAAGGACGUGGAGAAGGAGAAGAAGUACACUAAGUUCUUCCUCACCUCCAUCUUCCGCUCCGACAACGUCUUUCUGCGCUCCGUCUUCAUCCUCGCGCUGACGUACAACGGCGGAGUCCUGGCGGUGCGAAUCAUGAGCCACAAGUCCCUCUCGCUCUCCGACUUCCUCUUCAUGUUCCGGUUCGUCAUCCUGCUCACUUGCUGGCUCGUCAUCACGGUAUCCGACAAGCUCCCCGCUCAUUACCUGACGUUCGCCGGGCGGUGGCUGAACUGGGUGGUGGAGUUGAGGAUCUUCAUGUUUGCGGUGGACCACCUGCGGUUCGAGAUCCUCUACGACUCUGCCUUCAUCGCCAGCAUCUCCCUCAGCCUCGGCUGCAUCGUGAUCUCCCCGCGCUUCUGGCCGCUCAACGUGAGGAGGACGGCGACUAUCUGCUUCGUAGGCAACCUUGCGCGGCUGCUGUGGCCGUCGAAGCGCCUUGCUCUCAACGAGGAGAUAGAUAGCCUCGUCUUCUCCAUCACUGUCUUCGUCCUCGGCAACCUCGGAUCAGUAUCGUUCCAUGCGUUCAUGCGGCAGAAGUUCACCGAGAAGUGGAAGCAGGAGGCAGAGAGGAUGUCGCAGCUGCAGAAGGGGAACAAGGCCAUGUGA